GUCCUCCCGGAAGACGAGGCCAUUGCUUCAGUGUGCAUCACUGCGCUGGUUUUUUCGGAAUCCUUUACCUCAGGCCCCGUCUCAGGUGCUGGAUAGCCACGUUUGUUUCUCACCCACAUGAUAAUUCUUAACCAUUGGACUUAAUCCUCAGGUGUUUGUUGCACACUCUGGCAUUGCACAUUGGAAGAAUUAGGGUUUGGCCAUGGUUUUUUGAAAGAUUGGGGUGUGGGGUUUCGUUGCGGGCCGGUGCCGUGUGAGAAACGAUGCGUGCUGAGUACGAAGAGUUAUAUUGGCGGGGUUUGGAGCCGCAGGAUGUGUCAUCGUAGUCGAUUCGAGACGAGGUGUUGGAUUACGGCCGAUUGGAGCGUCCUUGUUGGUGUUGUUGCGGAAAUCCAUGUCUGUGUUGGGGACGGUGUCGCUGUCGCCGUAGAAAAGGAGGAGGAUAGGGCGGUCGGCCGAGAAUUGAUUCGUUUUAUCGGAGGAACUGUAAGGGUUUGCGAACUGGCUCUUUGUGACAGUAUAUGAAUUCGUGAAGACUCUUGCUUUGGUCUCGUCUUCGGCACAUAUAAGGCAGACAUGGGGAACCCAUUGAAGGAAGUCGAGUUAGGUGGAUCAAAGAAUCCAGAAAAAUCCCAGUCGAAUCUCCCUGGAACUUUGAUUGAAUCUGCCGAGGUACCCCUGCUUUCUGAACCACCUCAAAAUGGUGCACUUGAUGGUUCAUCAGACGUAAAUGAAGUCCAGAAAAGUUCACUAACUUCUGUCGUCAGUAAUAAAGAGUUCAAAUCCUCGAGUGACGACCUCAAACAGUUCGAGGAAAAACUUGACAGUAGUCUUGACAGUUCCUUAGCAACAAAUGACCACCCUGAUAGAGGGGAUGACCAGGCUCCUCUUCUGUCGAAACAAUGCCGGAGCGAUGAAGUCAAUGGAGCACUGCCUCCGUCAAGUGGUGCAGCUAUUGCAGCUGAUGAUGCUGUUGUAUAUCCUCCGGAGGUCAUUAAGGAGAUGGAAGUCAAGUAUACAGCAUACGUUCGCCACGAUGUGUAUGGUAACUGGGGCAUGCGUGAGAUCUGUUACUGGGAGAAGUUUAAACUACUUUUGGCUCUCGUGGCACUUUGCCCCAUUAGGGUAUUUUUGCUCUUUUCGUGCUUGGUAUUAUUCUAUGUAAUUUGCAAACUGUGUACAUACCGAGUAGCGGCUUCCUCAAGUGAUGAAGGUCAGGAGAGUUUUGCGCACAUGACGGGGGUCAGGCGGACUGUCAUUGUACGCUCGGGUAGGUUUCUUGCGCGUGCAAUGUUGUUCAUAUUUGGGUUCUACUAUAUUCCUGUUUCGUAUAGGACAUCAGCGACACAGAACCUUCACUUAGGUUUGGAGGAUUCUGAAGAGAGCAAGGAAAGUGAAGAGAAGAAAUCGGAGUUUGUUCGUCCUGGAGCUAUUGUCUCAAACCAUGUCUCCUAUUUGGACAUACUAUAUCACAUGUCAGCUUCCUUUCCCAGUUUUGUGGCUAAAAGAUCAGUGGCGAGGUUGCCUCUAGUUGGCUUGAUUAGCAAAUGCUUGGGUUGCGUGUAUGUUCAACGUGAAUAUAAAUCUUCCGAUCACAAAGGUGUAUCAGGAGUUGUCCUCGAGAGAUUGCAAGCUGCGCACAAUGAUUUAAAGGCUCCUGGUCUUCUUUUGUUUCCUGAGGGUACUACAACCAACGGUGAUCACAUCUUGCCAUUCAAGACUGGGGCAUUCCGCGCUAAGACGCCUGUGCAGCCUGUGAUCCUCAAAUAUCCCUUUAAUCGCUUUAGCCCUGCCUGGGACACGAUAUCGGGGGUUCGACAUGUGAUUCUUCUUUUGUGCCAGUUCGUGAACCAUCUUGAAGUUACCCACUUACCUGUGUAUCGUCCAACAGAAAAGGAAUGUUCUGAUCCCAAGUUAUAUGCCAAUAAUGUACGCACAGUAAUGGCUGCGGAGGGUAAUUUUAUCAUGUCAGACAUAGGUUUGUAUGAGAAGCGUAUUUUUCAUAAUGCCCUCUUGGGAAAGCCUAUGCCAGUUGCACCAGCACCUGAAGGGAAUGAGAUGAAGUAGGUGGUACUAAAUAUGCACUUUCACGAUGCUGGGGGUUGUUGAAAAUCAACAGCACCACUUAAACAUGCAGGGUUCGGUUUCAGUGGAAUCAUACAAAAACGUUUGGUUUUGACUUUGAAGAUUUCUCCAACACUAAUAGUAGUUCGUGUGAACUCAUUUUUCUUUCAAUGACUUCUCUUUCUAUGUGGUUGCGUAUUUUUCAUGUUCUAUAUCGUGUGGCUGCAAAUUUACUUGUUUCCAACCCGUUCGACAUAUGUUUUGUAACCGAAGAGUGGAUGGAGGAGACCUAAGGAGUUGUCUUAUCCUCGAUGACUCGUAUGCAAGACAUGGAUAUUAAUGUUAGUAACUGUGGUUCAGAAACUUAGGAUUGGGGAAUGGUUUUCAGGAAUUCAUUCCUCUAACCGUUGCCUUUUCUUUUGGUUGGAUGCAUCCAUUCAUGGCUGUGAUUUGAAUGCGAGUAUCUUAUCACUUUGUAAUCAAAUAAACAAAUAAAUGGUUCA